AUGUCGGUAAUUAGGCCUAAAGAUGGCGGUGAACUCGAUAACUUGGAGAAAAACAGAGAAGAUCAUCACGAGUUCAUGAAAACAGCGAGUAAUUACACCGAUCCAAUCUCUGAGGAACGCUACAGCUCCUCGAGCAACCUCGCUGCGGAUUUUGGCACAGUAAAUCGACCCGGACCAAAUGCAGGGGUAAAUUCUGGUUAUGGAACUGGAGGACCUCGAAAAGAAAAUUCAAUUGACACAUAUAUAAACAAUUUUGUAAAUAAGAACGAAGCAUACAAGGCAGUUAUCGCAAAUCCUGGCACACCAAUUUUAAACAAUACAGCUUCCUCUGGAGACUCUAACAUGGAUGCGUCUUUAUUAUCAAAUUCCGAUUUCCCGGUUGACAGGGGUUACGGAAAUGAGAUUGACUCUGUUCGCGACGAUACUAGUAGGUACACAGGGACUAGUAAAUAUAGAGAAAUUGACCCUUGUGAGACACAGGCUGAUGAAAAUGUCAAUGCGGAUUUACACAUUUCCCGUUUUAUGCGUUACAACACAACGAGCAACGCCUCACUGGAUGAUUGCACCCUUCCAUUUUAUUACAAUACUCAUUCCAAGGAUGAUCCGGUCUCCACCAGAGAAAGGGAUGUGAUUGGUAACAUAGAGUCAAUGUCAAUUAGGGAAAAUAGGCACCCAAUUUCUAGUGGUACACCAAAUAACAUUACAUCGCAUUAUUCCAAUGAACCUGGUGAACAGGAGGGUUCAUGGGAUAAGCUUUGGGAUUUGAAAACCCUUCUUCAUGAUGCAAAUAACCCAAAAGGUCCUGAUCCUUUGAAAGAAAUACGCUCCGGUGUUAGUUACCCGGAUCCUACUCUUUCAGAUGAGAAUUUAUCCAGUGAUAGUGGGCCCGAAUUUUUCAGGGAAUCAGUUCCGCAUAGACCAUCAGAAGAUUCAGCUCACAUAUUUCAGCAAGCGGGAAAUGUAGAUGAUGAGAAAGAGCCAAAGAGUGCCCUUGGCCACUAUGUACCAAUGGAUUCAGGGGACCAAAUUACCCUAGAAAUCUACAAGUUUGAAUUGGAAAAGGUUAAAAAGAUAACGGAUGUUCUCAAAAAACAAAUUGCUCAAAAAGAUGAGGAGAUUUCAAAAUUAAAUGGACAGGUACACGAGUUUCAGAUUUGGAAGUCAGAGCUUGAUACAAGCAAGCAUGCUUCCGUAAUACAGUAUAAAGCUGAAAGUGAUGCAGUAGUCGCCAUCAAUUUUGCCAAACUGCAGGCUCAGAUCGAGGAGACCCAAAGACUCGCAAACAAGUUACAAGAGAUGGAAGAGCAACACCGCAUAAAGGACGAUGAAAUAAGGGCGCUUCGUGAACGCGUCAUGGAGAAUGAACUUGUUGCAAAACGUUAUGAUAGGGACGUUGCAUCACUUUCGAUUGACAAACAAAUGUUGAAAAAUUCGAUUGCCGAUAUGGAAAAAACAUUUAAACAACGUGAAAUGCAGUUGAAACUUAACCUGGAUGUAGAAUAUCAGAAUCAAUUGGCUAGUAUACUAAAGGAACAGGAUCAACUUGUAGGCCUAAUUGCAGAUAAGGAUUCUGAAAUUGAAAAAUGCAAAACAUUGUUAAAGAAUGCACAAAAGGAGUGCUCCCAACUACUUCAAGCUAUUGUAAAAUUAAAGGAAAUAAUAAUGAGAAAGAAUCAAGAACUUGGCCAUUUUAAGGAGAAGGUUAUUGAGCUUGAGUCUUCGUUGAUUGUAAACGAUAAGACCUCAGAGCUUCGAGUUGCACUUAAAAAUCAGGACACACUCAGGGAGCGUAUUAGGGAGCUAGAGUAUAAGCUUGAGAGACUCCAGGAAUCUGCUAGCAUGCACGAUAAGGUUAAGGAGGAGAACUUUUAUUUGCAGGCAAAGAUCCACAAAUUGGAGUCGAGAUUUUCACUUGCAGAUGGCAAGAAUGUUAUGGAGUUUUCGAAUGAAAAGCAUAAUCAGAUGCUUCCUCUUUCUCUUGCAAAUUUUUCCUUGAAGAAGUCUUGA